AGAAGGGGAAGAGAUUAACAGAUCAGCGAGUGAGCUCGCAUAUCCACCUGGAGUCUAUGUAGCAGAGGAGCUGUGUAUUGAUGCAGCCAAAGCAAGUGGGAUCUCUCCAGUGUACUGCAGCCUAUUUGGCCUGAUGAGGGAGAGUGAUCAUUUGUGGUUACCACCCAAUUACAUUCUUACACUUGACCAGUCAGCCAACCAGAGUCUCCUUUUUAGAGUCAGGUACCACUUCUCUGGCUUGUUCAAUAGUGAGACUUCAUCCUGCGUGCAUCGAUAUGGAGUAUCUAAGGGAACGGAGAGUCCUGUAAUGGAUGACUCCACCAUGGCAUACCUAUUUGCUCAGUACCACAGUGACUUUGUGAACGACAGGCUGAAUGUUCCAGUCAGCCACGAGGCUCUUCAAGAGUGUUUGGGUCUGGUUGUGCUAGACAUGAUGAGGCUCGCCAAGGAGAGUGGCCAGUCGCCCGUGGACAUCUACAACGAUACCAGCUACAAGUCCUUCCUGCCAGCAGGCAUGCGAGCCCACAUCCAGGAGUAUAACAUUGUGACCCGGAAGCGGAUCCGCCAUCGCUUCAGAAAGUUUAUUCGGCGGUUCAGCGAAUGCGACACUACCCUGUGUGACCUGAAGUUCAUAUAUCUGACAAGCCUCGAGACACUCCUGCCCUCUCUUUACUCCGAGCGCUUCCUGGUCACAGACCUCUCGGGCCGUGAGGUUUCCAUCACUGUCACCGGAAAUGAUGGCAUCCAGUGGUCAGACGGGAACGAGGAGGAGCUGAAGACAUACUGUGACUUCCCUGAGGUGAUUCACAUCACCAUCAAACAGGCCAAUGAGGAGAGUUCUUCAGAAAGCCAGAUUGUUACCCUCACCAGACAGGACAACCAGAUCCUGGAAUUGGAAUUCCAUUCACGGUCAGAGGCGCUAUCGUUUGUGUCAUUGGUGGAUGGGUACUACAGACUAGUGGCGGAUGCCCACAGCUACCUGUGUAAAGAGGUUGUUCCACCUAGACUUCUGGAAGCCAUUCAGAGUCACUGCCAUGGUCCUGUGUCGAUGGAAUUUGCAACUGCUAAACUACGCCGCUCUGGCAACCACCAAGGCUUCUAUAUCCUUCACUGCAGCCCCAGAGACUACAACACAUAUUUCAUGUCUUUCGUUGUUGGGUGUGACGCAAUGGUGGACUAUAAGCACUGCCUGAUCUUGAAGAGUGAGUCUGGCCAGUACAUCUGGAGUAGCACCAAGAAGAGUUUUGACUCACUGAGGGAACUUGUGCAACACUGUCAAAAGGAGGCACACCGCACUGAUGGACACACGUUCCACUUCACCAAGGGCUUCCCGCCGAGUGCCCGAGACAAGUCUAACCUGUUGGUGUGUAGACAAAACCAGGCCACAGAGGUUCCUCUUUCCCCAUCCCUCCAAAAACACAGCAUCAGCCAGAUGGUUUUCCAUAAGAUCCGGAAGGAGGACCUUGUCAUUAACAACAGUCUUGGCCAGGGGACCUUUACGAAGAUCUUCUGCGGUGUAAGGCAGGAGCUGGCGGAUUAUGGGGAGAUGCAUCAGAUGGACGUCAUAGUCAAGAUCCUGGACAAGUCUAACCGCAACUACUCUGAGUCAUUCUUCGAAGCAGCCAGUAUGAUGAGCCAACUCUCCCACAAGCACCUUCUUCUUAUCUAUGGUGUGUGUGUUUGUGGCGAGGAGAACAUGAUGGUGCAGGAGUAUGGUAAAUUUGGUUCUCUGGACACCUAUCUAAAGAAGAACAAGAAUCUUGUCAACAUCACCUGGAAACUAGAUGUCGCCAGGCAGCUGGCCUGGGUCAUGUACUAUCUAGAGGAUAAGAACAUCAUCCAUGGAAAUGUUUGUGCCAAAAACAUUCUCUUGGUGAGAGAGGAGGAUCGUAAAACUGGCAGCCAGCCCUUUAUCAAGCUCAGUGAUCCUGGCAUAAGCAUAACUGUCCUGCCAAGAGAUGUUCUGGUGGAGCGUAUUCCAUGGGUGCCCCCUGAGUGCAUUGAAGACCCCCGUAAUCUGAGUCUGGCUACAGACAAGUGGGGCUUUGGAACCACCCUUUGGGAGAUCUGCAGUGGGGGAGACAAGCCACUCAGUACCCUCAACUCCUCCAAGAAAAACGUGUUCUAUGAGAACAGGCACCAGCUGCCUGCUCCUAAGUGGACGGAGUUGGCCACUCUAAUCAACAGUUGUAUGGACUAUGAGCCCUCACACAGACCCUCCUUCAGAGCAAUCAUCAGAGAUCUUAACAGUCUCUUCACGCCAGACUAUGAGCUGGUGGUGGAAAGUGACAUGAUGCCCAACAGGACACGAGGCUUUGGUUUCCCAUGGGCCUUUGAAAGCCAGGAGCCUGCUCAGUUUGAAGAGCGGCACCUCAUCUUUCUUAAGCAACUUGGCAAAGGAAACUUUGGUAGCGUGGAGCUGUGCAGGUACGAUCCCUUGCAGGACAGCACUGGAGAGGUGGUGGCAGUAAAGAAGCUACAGCACAGCACAGCAGAGCAUCUCAGGGAUUUUGAGCGGGAAAUUGAGAUCCUCAGGUCACUCCAGCAUGAAAACAUUGUCAAGUACAAGGGAGUUUGCUACAGCGCUGGAAGAAGGAACCUAAGGCUGAUCAUGGAAUAUCUACCAUAUGGCAGUCUAAGAGAUUACCUCAUCAAGAACAAAGACCUUUUUGAUUCCAAGAAGCUGUUGCACUACGCCUCCCAGAUUUGCAAGGGUAUGGACUACCUUGCCACUAAACGGUACAUCCACAGAGACCUGGCCACACGAAACAUCUUGGUGGAGACUGAGAUGAGAGUGAAGAUAGGAGAUUUUGGUUUGACCAAAGUCCUUCCACAGGACAAAGAGUAUUACACUGUCAGUCAGCCUGAGGAAAGUCCCAUCUUCUGGUAUGCUCCAGAGUCCCUCACAGAGAGCAAGUUCUCUGUGGCAUCAGAUGUGUGGAGUUUUGGAGUAGUUCUCUAUGAGCUCUUCACUCACAGUGACAAGAACUACAGCCCACCAGCGGUAUUUAUGGACAAGAUGGGCAGUGAGAAGCACGGCCAGAUGAUAGUCUACCACCUAAUAGACCUGCUGCUGAAACAGGGAUAUAGACUACCUACUCCAGAACACUGCCCGAAGGAGAUUCAGAAGCUCAUGGCAGAGUGCUGGAGCAGUGACCCAAGCCAGCGUCCAACCUUCAAGACAUUAGCGCAGAGCGUGGACACCAUACGAGACAAUAAGGAGGCGUGAGGGGCAUGGAAUCCUAUGAGCUUUUAACUUUAGCUGUGACUCAUAGAGCUCAGUCCGCAGAAAUCAUCAAAAGCCAUGAAUUUCAUUGUGGUGCUUGGAACUUCAGCAUUGUUUUAUCAACGGUGUAUGAAACUGUGCAGAGUAUCGCCUCUAUGUAGAGUCAGAGGUUAUUCCCACUUCCCCAACAGCAAGUCUUUGGUUUUCUCUGACUGUACAUGGGUGUAAACCUAUCAGCCUAAUCAGCAGAUGUGACAUCACAGCAAACCUACCUUCUCAGCCGUGGCUCCGUCUCUACAGAGACUACUACAGCAUUUGAUUAGUAACCUCACCUGGAUACAGCUACCAUCCAUCCAUCCAUCCAUCCAUUAUCCAAACCGCUUAUCCUACUCAGGGUCGCGGGGAUGCUGGAGCCUAUCCCAUCAUUGGGCUGCAAGCGGGGAGACACCUUGGACAGGCCGCCAGCCCAUCACAGGGCCCACACACACACACACACACACAUACAUUAACACCUAGGGACAAUUUAGUAUGGCCGAUUCACCUGACCUACAUGUUUUUGGACUGUGGGAGGAAACCGGACCACCCGGAGGAAACCCACACCGACAUGGGGAGAACAUGCAAACUCCACACAGAGGACAACCCGGGACGACCCCUGAGGUUGGACUACCCUGGGCCUCGAACCCAGGACCUUCUUGCUGUGAGGCAACCACGCUAACAACUGCGCCACCGUGCUGCCCUGGAUACAACUCCCCUGAAAUCCAAAUGUCCACUUAUCAGUGUCAGCCACGAUGCUUCAAAAACUGAUAGUAAUUCUAAAAGGAUUCCUUUUUGGUGACAGGAAGCAAACUUAAUUAUGUGAUAAUCAAAGUGCACCCCGACCAACCAGAAGAGGCGCUAGUGCAGCGACCAGGACACAUACCCACAUCCGGCUUCCCACCUGCAGACAUGGCCAAUUGUGUCUUUAGGGACGCCUGACCAAGCCGGAGGUAACACGGGGAUUCGAACCGGCGAUCCCUGUGUUGGUAGACAACACAAUAGACCGCCACGCUUACCUGAGGUGGUCUAAUGGUGGGUGUAGGUCCAUAGAGCUUCACAGCCAGCGAAGUAUUUAUUUUCUUAAGUGACAGUAUUUAUUUUUACCCAAUUAUUUCCGACCGUCCGACCGAAGAACUCGGAUGUUUUUGAGAUUCUACAAAAGCGUCUCUUAGCCAAGAACUUUUUCACGGUAACGUUUUACGACUUGAUUAAUGUCACGAUGCUUUACGUCUUGAAAGAUGGACUGGUGGAUAGGCGCACGUGGUACGGUGUGCGUAGUCUUCCAGACAGAACGUUGGAACGGUUCAUCAGCUGCACCUAAACGGGGGGGAGUAUUGGGAGGGGUGACCUGGAAAGAGCUGAUGGUUUGAAACCGGACGUCACAAAAUUAAACGGUGAGAGAUGCUCAGUGAUUUGGCAUUUGUGAUGCAAGUGUGAAUUAAUCUGUCAGAAAUGCAUUAUGUUUUGCUCAUGCUUCAGACAGUCAAAAAGAACAUUUUGUUGGACUUACCAGUGAGAGAAAUGAAUGUGUUAUUCCUGUCUUCUCAUAGUUUAAAGGUGUCGUAACUGAAGGUCUGUCUGGUCUUAAUGCAGAUGGUCCGUUCCUUCAGUGUUCAUUGACCUGAUCGUUUUAUUCAUCCUUUUUCCAGUUGUUAAAAGAGACGGUCAUGAAUAAGAGCGUUUAUCUCAGUACGAUGCUUUCUUUUUGUGUUUCAUUUCACGUUACAUUCCAGAUUUUCAUUACGUUACCACUACUUCUUCCAACUGUUCAACGUUUCUUAUCUUUUAGGUUUAUUAGGGGAUUUCGCAUUUCCUUAUUUCAGUUUUGUGUUUCAUUGCAAGGCUCUUGCAUCAUUUCUAAUGUAGUGUUGGGACGUGUGUCUUGGCGGAUGUCGCGUCGU